AUACCCAAUUCACUAAAACACACACUCACACCUACACACUCAGUCACCACCAACACCACCGUCAGCCACCUUAUUUGCUCAGCAACAAUGGCAGCUGCCUCCUCUGCUGCUGUCCUUAAUGGAUUAGGAUCACCCUUCUUGUCUGGCGGAAAGAGGAGCCAGACCCUGCUGUCUGCACCCACCAGUGGUGCCACCAUGCCAGCCGCUCCUAGGCGGUUAGUCAUCACAGCCGCCGUUGCUCCCAAGAAAUCUUGGAUCCCCGCCGUUAAAGGUGGCGGCAAUUUGGUCGACCCCGAGUGGCUCGAUGGCUCGCUCCCGGGAGACUACGGGUUCGACCCGCUAGGCCUAGGAAAAGAUCCGGCGUUUCUAAAAUGGUACCGGGAAGCGGAGCUUAUCCACGGGCGGUGGGCCAUGGCAGCGGUUCUUGGUAUCUUUGUGGGUCAGGCAUGGAGCGGUAUCCCAUGGUUCGAAGCCGGAGCCGACCCGGGUGCGAUCGCUCCAUUUUCUUUCGGAUCUUUACUCGGGACCCAACUCUUGCUGAUGGGUUGGGUCGAGAGCAAGAGAUGGGUCGACUUUUUCAACCCUGAAUCACAGUCUGUUGACUGGGCCACCCCAUGGUCCAAAACCGCUGAGAAUUUUGCUAACUUCACCGGAGAACAAGGUUAUCCGGGUGGUAAAUUCUUCGACCCGUUAGCGUUUGCGGGUACCCUUAAUAAUGGGGUUUAUAUUCCGGAUACCGAGAAGCUUGAUAGAUUGAAAUUGGCUGAAAUUAAACAUGCACGACUUGCAAUGGUGGCAAUGUUGAUUUUUUACUUUGAGGCAGGACAAGGGAAGACUCCACUUGGUGCUCUUGGGUUAUAAGGGAAAUAUGGUUUUGUUAUUAUGUAACAUGUAAAUUUAUUUAUUUAGAUAUAUCCAACAAACUCAAACCUUAAUUCA